AUGACAGUCCAUUCCAAUUUUAAAAAGGAUUCUUCAAACAAAAAUAACAUCAAAAUAAUGGCUGAAAUUGGACCCUCGUCAAUUAUAACAAGGGCCCGUAUUUCACCAUAUCCGGCUAUUUCUAUGGAUGAUGCCUUAGAUAUUGUAGAUAAUGAGAUUAAUGAAAUAAUGGAUUGUAAGGAAGUUCACUUUGAAUCUGUUGAUGUUGGUAGAAUCUUAGCUGAAAAUAUAGUAGCUCAGUAUGAUCAUCCCUCUGAAAGACUUUCUACUAAAGAUGGUUAUGCUGUACUCGUCAGUGAUGGAAUUGGAGAAAGAAAAGUUGUCUCAUGUAUGACUGCUGGUUCAGAUGGGGGAGAAGGUUAUCUAAGAAGGGGUGAAUGUUGUAGAGUUAGUACUGGAUCUAUGCUACCAGAGGGAGCUGAUGCUGUUGUACAGGUUGAAGAUACAACAAUCCUCCAACAUGAUAAUAUUGAGGAAAAAAUUAUUUCAAUAAAUAAACAACCUUUAGUUAAUCAAGAUAUCAGACCAAUUGGAUGUGAUUUCAGGAAGGAUGAAAUUCUUGUUCAAUCAAAUACUAGGAUUGGUCCAGCAGAAAAAGGUAUGAUUGUACAAUCUGGUAUGGCAAGUGUGAGAAUUUAUCGGAAACCUAAAGUUUGUGUGAUGUCAACGGGAAAUGAACUUGUAGAUCCCUUAUUUGAUGGACAAAUUCCUAAAGGAAAAAUUAGGGAUAGUAAUAGGCCACAAUUGUUGUCUUUAUUUAAUAGUUAUGGUUUUCAUGCAAUUGAUGUUGGUAUAGCACUAGAUGACAGAGAAGCACUAACAAGAAAAAUCGGUGAAGCUUUUGAGUUUAGUAAUGUUAUUGUUACAUCCGGUGGAGUUUCAAUGGGAGAAAAAGAUUUACUUAAAAGUGUUUUAAAGGAAGAUUUUAACUUUGACAUUAAAUUUGGGCGAGUAUUUAUGAAGCCUGGCUUACCAACAACAUUUGCUACUGGGAAAUAUCGUUCAAAAGACAAAAGAUAUAUUUUUGCUUUACCAGGAAAUCCUGUCUCUUCCCUUGUUACCGCCUAUCUCUUCGUAAUUCCGUCGCUGUUAAAGAUGUCUGGAUUAAAGUUUGAUAAACCACUACAGCCUUAUACAAAGUUACAUGUUAAACUUGAACAAGACAUUAGACUAGACUCCCGUCCGGAGUAUAGAAGAGCUUGGUUUAAAACUUAUAGUAACGAUCCUGUACCUCACGCUGUUCUCACAACGCACAAUCAAACAUCAUCAGCAAUAAAAAGUUCCGUAUCUGCUAAUCUCCUUCUUCAAUUACCCCCAUCAACAAAAGAAGCUCCAAUCCUCUUGUCAGGAACAAUUGUUGUAGCUUUAGUGAUUGGAAGAAUUUAA